UAAAGUCGGAAUCAUCUUUUCUCCCAAACUGCAGGAGCCAAGAUGAGGAAAUGAGCACAGAGUGUCAUGACAUUAUUUGGUGUUCAUCAUCACCAACUUAUAUCCCUCAAGGCUCUCACUAUCAUCAACCAAAAAUCCUCCAAACAUUGUUCUCCAGUAAAUCACAAAAAUCCAAUCCAAUCAUCAAUACACAUCUCCUUUCCUUGCAUCUCUUGUAACUACCAUUUCCAUUUUCUCACUAAACCCAUACCUCCCAAAUCUUCAAAACUUCACUCACUUCACAAUUCUUCUUCGCAGAAACCAUCCAACAAAUUUUCACCUGAAGUCAUUCUUCUGCUUAUUUACUUUAUAACUUUUCUUUCUCUCCGUAUUUUAUCAUCAAUACUUCCUUCAGAUUUCUCAAAUAGAUGGAAUAACUUAAUCGCUUUUUCCGAAGAAGCUGAAAUUAGAGUUUGUGAUAAAUAUCCUUCCCAUUUGUGGCAGGCUAUAGUUGCUUCUGAAGAUCGUCGAUUCUUUCGACAUUGCGGUGUUGAUUUUAUUGGCAUUGCUCGUGCAGUUUCAUCUUGGUCUAGUAAAGGAGGUGGAAGUACUAUUACUCAACAGCUUGUGAAAAACACCUUGUUGAAAAAUGAGCGUACCCUACCGCGGAAGGCCGUUGAGAUGGUAUUGGCCAUCUUAUUGGAGAGAAGGAUUUCUAAAUGGAAAGUUCUUGCGUCCUAUAUGAGUAAGAUAUACUGGGGACAUGGUAUCUACGGAAUUGAAUCAGCAUCCAAUUUCUAUUUUGGGAAGCACCCAUCACUUCUCAGUUUGGGCGAAUCUGCAAUGCUUGCUGGGAUUAUACCAGCACCUGAGUCUCGAUCUCCAGUAAGGGACAUGAACAGAGGGAAAACCUUCCAAGUAAGAGCAUUGAGAAGGAUGGUGGAAGUUGGCUUUCUUGAUAUUCAGUCAGCACUUGUAAUUGUGGAGGAGCCUCUUCAUUUAUCCAUUGGCGCUCCACAGAACUCUAACAAACUUUAUCUGUCUAAGAAGGAACUAGAGAGCUCUGGUAAACGAGGAGGCAGAAGCUCAACCAAUCCCACUAUAUGGGACUGGGAAAGAGAGAGUUGUGUGUGGGAACUAAGAGAAUACAUGGAAAGAUGGGCACUAAGGAUUGAGAAAAGGAAAAAGGGAUUUGGAGAAGAAAUGUCAGUCAUUUUUUUCUUUAAAGGCAAAUUAAACUCUUUAUUGUUGGCUGCAAUUUUCUUGGAGAUCUUUUGCAAGGGUGAAAUAAUUUCCUGGAAUCCCAGGCAGCCACAACCGGACAAUUGCAUAAUUAUUUAGUGUAAUAGUGGGACCUACUAGUGAGAAAAGAGUUCAGUCCGUCUGUAAAUG